AUGCAUGCAGGCUGUGCUGAGGGCAUCACAUCAGAUGAUGAUCAGGCAAUACAACAUUCUGCCAAUGAAACUGAAGUGGCAGAGCUGCUGGCUGACCUAGCAAACCGCAUUCCCAGUCACAGACAAAGUAAGGAACCGGUCAUCACAGAAGACAAGGGCAUUCAGGUCACGUCAGGGGAUCUCGGCACGAAAUUUCUCUCUACACUAACUGACAUAAACAUUGUGUCGUUCACCGGGCUCCCUUCUAUGGAUCUCCUUGACGCAUUGGUAACUUGCUACGAAAAUGUUGCUCCACUUUCUGGAAGGCACCACCUGACAGCAAAGGAGAGAGUAGUCCUAACAAUGAUGAAGUUGAAGCACAACAUGUCGUUCACAUUCCUAAGUGGCCUGUUUGGAUGCUCCUCUUCGACAUGCUCCAUCAUUGUAACACAAACUGUCAAGACCUUGGCAAGGAUACUGUCAUCAGUCGUCGUGCUUCCAGCUAAGGAGGAAAUCUUAAGAAACAUGCCCAAGCAGUUCGAGAGGUACCAAAAUGUUCGAAUUGUUCUGGACUGCACCGAGGUACCCGUAUCUCAACCAAAGUGCCUGAACUGUGCAAUCAAUGUAUAUUCUUACUACAAGAAAGCAUUCACAUGUAAAUACAUGAUUGGUGUCACACCUGGCGGAAUUAUUGCACAUGUUUCCAAGGGAUAUGGGGGGCGAGCUUCAGAUAAACGAAUUUUUGAAGAAAGCGGCCUAGUUGACCAGCUUAUCCCGUUUAAGGACGCCGUUAUGGUUGACAGAGGUUUCCUAAUAGACUCUGUUUGUGAAGCAAACUUUAUACCCGUUAUAAGGCCCCCUUUCAAGAGGAAACAAUGUCAGCUGCCAAAAAAUGCAGCUCUUGAAACUCAGACUAUCGCCGCUGCUAGAGUGCAUGUGGAGCGCGCGAUACAACGAAUGAAGAUUUUUAAAAUACUUUCAACAAAGGUACUGUGGAGCACAGUACCUAUUCUUGAUGAUAUUGUGAUAAUCACAGCAGCGGUGACUAACUUGUCUGCUCCAAUUUUUUCAUCAUGCAGGUUCCUUUAA